AUGAAGAUGAGACAGCUCCGUGUGCCGAGCGCCUUCGUUCUGCUGACUCUGGCUGUCCUCACCACAGCCAGGCCCAAAGCAGGUCCUGACCAGAAAUGUAAGUCUGGUCCGGUUGAUCUGGUCUUCCUCAUCGACAGCUCCCGCAGCGUUCGGCCACACGAGUUUGAGACCAUGAGGAAGUUCAUGAUUGACAUCCUGAACACUUUGGAUAUCGGACUCAACACCACAAGAGUGGGGGUUGUCCAGUACUCCAGUCAGGUCCGCAGUGAGUUCAGUCUGAAGACCCACAACAAGCUGGAAAACCUGGUGCAAGCCAUCAACGAGAUUAUCCCUCUGGCUCAGGGCACCAUGACGGGCCUGGCCAUCAGGUAUCUGAUGAAUGAAGCCUUCAGUCCUGAGCAGGGAGACAGGCCCAAGGUUCCCAACGUGGCGGUGAUUGUGACAGAUGGGCGUCCUCAGGACCGCGUGACGGAGGUGGCAGCUGACGCCAGAGAUAAAGGCAUCGAGAUCUACGCUGUGGGCGUGGCCAGAGCCGAUAUGACAUCACUCAGGGCCAUGGCUUCCCCGCCCUUUGAAGACCACGUCUUCCUAGUUGAGAGGUUUGAUCUCAUUCACCAGUUUGGACUGCAGUUUCAGGACAAACUCUGUGGUCUGGAUCUGUGUGCAGAAUCAGAGCACGGCUGUGAACAUCUGUGUGAGAGCUCUCCAGGCUCGUACCACUGCCUCUGCCUGCCCGGCUACCGGCUCAACGAUGAUGGAAAAACAUGCGCAGCUAUUGAUCUUUGUGCUGAGGGAAAACACAACUGUGCACAGAUCUGCAGGAGCUCACCUGGCUCCUUCACCUGUGACUGCAACCAAGGAUACAACCUGAACACAGACAAGAAGACGUGCUCACCCAUCGACCUGUGCGCUGAGGGAAAACACAACUGUCAACAAGUGUGUGUCAACAUGGGGCCGGGCGUGUUCACCUGCGACUGCAAGGAGGGCUACAGACUCAACGAGGACGAGAAGACCUGCUCAGCCAUCAACCUGUGCGCUGAGGGCAAACACGACUGUCAACAAGUGUGUGUCAACAUGGGGCCGGGCGUGUUCACCUGCGACUGCAAAGAGGGCUACAGACUCAACGAGGACGAGAAGACCUGCUCAGCCAUCGACCUGUGUGCCGAGGGGAAGCACGACUGCGAGCAGAUCUGCAUCAGCGCUCCGGGCGUCUUCACCUGCGACUGCAACAAAGGAUUCAAACUCAAUAAGGACAAGAAGACCUGCACAAACAUGGAUAUGUGUAAGACAGUGGAGCACGGCUGUGAGCACCAGUGUGUGAGCACCCCUGGGUCUUAUCACUGCAUCUGCCCUGAAGGACAGCUACUGCAGGACGACGGCAAGAGCUGCGGCACCUGCAGGUCUGCAAACAUCGACCUGGUGCUUCUGAUCGACGGCUCCAAGAGCGUCCGACCGCACAACUUCGAGCUCGUCAAACAGUUUGUCAACCAGGUGGUUGACUCUCUAGACGUGUCUGCUCACGGCACCAGGGUGGGUCUGGUUCAGUACUCCAGCCGGGUCAGGACAGAGUUCCCACUCAACAUGUACCACACGGCUGAGGAGAUCAAAGCUGCAGUCAUGAAGAUUGAAUACAUGGAGAAAGGGACAAUGACGGGUCUGGCCCUGAAGCACAUGCUGGAGAACAGCUUCUCCCAGGCAGAGGGAGCUCGUCCAGCCAGUCGCAACAUCCCCAGAAUCGGACUGGUUUUCACAGACGGGCGGUCCCAGGAUGACAUCAGCGAGUACGCCAAAGAGGCUAAAGAAGCAGGAAUCACCAUGUACGCUGUGGGCGUGGGGAAAGCCGUGGAAGACGAGCUCCGGGAGAUUGCUUCUGAACCUGUGGACAAACAUUUCUACUACACCACUGACUUCAGCGCCAUCAGCACCAUUGCCGAGAACCUCAAACUCAACGUCUGCCCAGAGGAAAGUCAGGGGGAGAUCGAGGUGAAGGAUCCGUGUUCCUGCGAGAACCUGGUGGAGUUCCAGCAAGCCACCAUGAACAGCCUGGAGCAGCUCUCACAAAAACUGGCGUCCAUGACUGCUCGCAUGGAGCAACUGGAGAACCAGCUUCUGUCCAGGAAGUGACAUCACAGGGAGAACACUGCGCAGGAGGAAGAGUGAAAGAGACGAGGAGGACUCAUCCUGAGCCCAUUAACGCUCGCUGUGCACGGGUGUCUCUUCGAGGACAAAGAGGACACUCCUCAGAUUAAAACAAAAAGAAUGUUUCUUCUAAAACCUUUUGUAGAUUUAUGAGCUCGUCUGCUCUUCUCCCCUGUAAGAGUCGAAGGUUUGUCCGUUCGCGGAACAGAAUGUUUCAGUUUUAGCUCUGAACGAUUUUUCAACUCAUCGCUGAUCGAAGGCGCAGUCACACAACAGAAACCCAGAACACUAAAAGACGUUUCACCUUCCUGACUGUGUAUUUACGGAGCAUUUGUGUAUUACAUCAUCUGUGUAAAAUGAACUUUGACGGUAAUUAUUACUGUAGAUAUUAGAUGUGAGCAGAGAGUAUUACAAACAACAGUCAUCGUCACAGUUCAUUUACUUCUCUCUGCGCUUAUUUCACUUCAGACAUAUUUAAUGAUGCAUUUAUGGCAGAAUGUUGUUUUCUAAUGAACAGUUGAAUAAACAAAAA